UCGUUAUUAUUCAUACAACUGCUUCUUCCAUAUACAAAAUAUUUUCGAACAAAACGACGCGUGUUUCGCUACUUCUUAUUACUAUUUGCACCGUUGUUAGUUUCUUAUAAUAAACGGGUCACGAAGCCCGACCCGUUUCACCGAUCUUCUUCUCCGACGAUUCUGCACCGGAGAAUAAAACGCGUUGACUCGCGAUUCAGCGUGUUGACUCGUUUCUCUUAUAGCGAAAAAGAAGAAAAAGAAGAAGCGUGAUGGUGAAUUCAGAGUUGAAGAAGAAAGAGAAGGGUUUUGGAGGGAAAUGGGUUUGGGUUGUUAUUCCUCUUAUUGCUGCCAUUGUUGCAAUUUCCAUUUCUUCAAGAACUUCUUCAAAAAUUUCUCUUUUUGGUGUCAUUGGAAAAGCGUGUCAGUGUGCUAUGGGUACACCGAAGUAUAGUGGUAUGGUGGAGGAUUGUUGUUGUGAUUAUGAAACUGUGGACAAUCUUAAUGAGGAAGUGUUGUACCCAUCUCUCCAAGAGCUCGUGAAAACCCCAUUCUUUCGGUAUUUUAAGGCUAAGCUAUGGUGUGACUGCCCUUUUUGGCCUGAUGAUGGCAUGUGCCGGUUGCGGGACUGCAGUGUAUGUGAAUGCCCAGAAAAUGAGUUCCCAGAGUCAUUUAAGAAGCCUAAGCGCCUUUCGUUGAAUGAUCUUGUUUGUCAAGAAGGAAAACCUGAGGCAGCUGUUGACCGUACUUUGGAUAGUAAAGCUUUCACAGGAUGGACAGAAAUAGACAAUCCAUGGACAAAUGAUGAUGAGACAGACAAUGAUGAGUUGACAUAUGUGAACCUUCAAUUGAAUCCUGAAAGAUAUACUGGUUACACCGGUACAUCUGCAAGAAGGAUAUGGGAUGCUGUCUACUCUGAGAACUGCCCCAAAUAUCUUUCGCAAGAAUCAUGCCAAGAGGAAAAGAUUUUGUAUAAGUUGAUAUCAGGUCUUCACUCCUCCAUAUCAGUACAUAUAGCUUCUGAUUACCUACUUGACGAAGCUACCAAUACGUGGGGCCAAAAUCUUACAUUGAUGUAUGACCGAGUCCUUCAAUACCCCGAUCGUGUCAGAAAUUUGUAUUUCACUUUUCUCUUUGUCCUGCGAGCAGUAACCAAAGCUGCAGAUUAUCUUGAGCAGGCUGAGUACAACACGGGUAACCCUAAUGAGGACCUUAAAACAGAAUCCUUGAUAAAACAGCUACUUUACAAACCCAAGCUUCAAGCUGCAUGUCCAGUUCCAUUUGAUGAAGCUAAGUUGUGGAAAGGACAAAGUGGACCUGAGCUAAAACAAAAAAUUCAACAUCAAUUCAGAAACAUUAGUGCGUUGAUGGAUUGUGUAGGAUGUGAGAAGUGUCGACUAUGGGGAAAGCUCCAGGUUCUUGGUCUUGGAACUGCAUUAAAGAUUCUCUUCUCUGAUGAUGGUCCAGAAAACAUGGUUCAAACACUACAACUACAAAGGAAUGAAGUAAUCGCAUUGAUGAAUCUUCUCAAUAGACUGUCAGAAUCUGUCAAAUUUGUUCAUGAAAUGGGACCUACUGCCGAAAGAAUCACGGAAGGACAUCUUUUUGGCCAUACAAAGCUUAUUAGCUCCUUGAGAAAAAUAUGGUCCCGUAUACUUCAAACUUAGAGGAAGCAGUUGGUGUGACACUUGGGUUUUCUCUUACUCACAUUACUACAAAGAUUAGGCUUAGAAACCAUGAUCAUGGUUUGAAAUUUUCCAAGGAUGUGAAAGUAAUGUAUGUAACAUGUUCACAAAAAUAAAUAAUAAAUAAUAUUUGAAUACAAAGAUGAGAGUAAUAGAAAAUGUGUUAUUUGGGAGUAGAAUCCCACUAAUUUUGUGGAACAUUCUGUUACAAGAUUUUGUUAUGUACAAAGUACUUUUCACCAAAAGAAAACGGGAAGAAUCACGUUGAGUAACAAUGCGCACAGAUAUGUAGUUUAAUUAAGGGAAAUAUGCUUAAACA